GUUUUCUUAUGACGUGUAGGAAAUGUUUAAAAAUACUCUGCUGUUUGUACAUCGUUAAGUAUCGUGCAUAUACAGGGAAAUAGUCGUGUUAAAUAAACAUUGACUGACUAUGCCUUGAGAUAACGUACAUUUGCGCUAGACAAUAUAACGAUGGCACAAUUUAAAUACGGCAGUUCUACACCAAGCGAAGUUUUAACGGAUUUGGCAGCAAAAAAUAAUGUCAGUGUUUUAGAUAGAGAAUUUCAAGUAUUUCUAGAUGCAAAUGAUGAAUUAUCGAAUUUGCGGGACGAUUUUUUAAUCCCAAAGAAAUCUACUUUCCCCGGCGUGGAUUGUGAUGAUGAAGACCAAAAUGGAAAUUGUGCUUAUCUCUGUGGUAACUCACUGGGCCUACAACCCAAGUCUGCACAACAAGAUGCACAAAAGGUUCUUCAAAAUUGGGAAUUGAAUGCAAUAGAAUGCCACAAAGUAGGAUAUUUACCUGCAAUAUUCUGUGAUAAUUUCGCAAGAGAUGGAAUGGCUAAGUUGGUUGGAUGUCAUAGGGAUGAGGUUGUUAUCAUGAAUGGCUUGACAGUGAACUUACAUUUAAUGAUGGUGUCAUUUUACCAACCAACACAAACAAGACACAAGAUAUUAAUAGAAGAACAUGCUUUCCCAUCUGACUAUUAUGUCGUCAGAUCCCAAAUACAACAGCGUGUUCGACCUGACUCCUCAAUGUUGUUCCUUAAGCCAAGAAAGGGUGAAGAGAUUUUUCGCAUGGAAGAUGUCCUUGAAGUCAUUAAAAAAGAAGGAGAUUCCAUUGCUUUGGUUAUGCUGCCUGGGGUUCAUUACUUUACUGGUCAGGUGUUUGACAUAAAAACUAUCACCCAUACAGCUCAUGCUAAAGGAUGUUAUGUUGGUUUUGAUCUUGCCCAUGCAGUUGGAAAUAUUGAACUAGAGUUACAUGAAUGGGAUGUAGACUUCUCAUGUUGGUGCACAUACAAGUAUCUUAACUCUGGCCCUGGUAAUCUUGGUGCCGCAUUUGUGCACAAGAAGUUUAAUGACGCAAAACUGCCAAAGUUUUUAGGUUGGUGGGGUCACAGGGAAUCCACCCGAUUUGAAAUGAGUAACGACCUCGAUUUUGCAUCUGGAGCUGAAUCUUAUCGUCUCUCCAACCCCCCACCCUUACUAGUGGCUUGUGUACUUGCUAGUUUGAAAGUGUUUGGUAAAACAAGCAUCAGAAAAUUAAGGGAAAAAAGUUUUCUUUUAACAGGUUACUUAGAGUUCAUGUUAAAGCAUUACUUUUCCAAACAACCUGGAUCAUCAAAACCUAGCGUGGAAAUUUUAACCCCAACCAACUUUAACGAAAGAGGUUGCCAGGUCUCGCUGAGAUUCUCAUGUUCGUUGCUGGAGGUGAGCAACAAACUGAAGAAAGAAGGAAUGAUCUUCGACACCAGGCAACCAAAUGUAAUGAGAGUGUCACCUGUCCCGUUAUACAACACUUUCCAUGAUGUGUAUCGUUUUGUACAAGCGCUGCGUAAAUCAUUGUCAAUUUAGAAGCAUAGUUAGAAGUUAGUGGAUGUCAAAUUAUUAGGGUGUGUUUAUUCUAUAUAGGUGCGCUGAUAUAGGUAUAAGUUUAAUGGGUUUAAUUUGACAAGGCUUUGCAUAGGGUUUACAACGAAAUGGGUGAUUUGCGCUCCAUUAUAAACUGCAGUUACUAAUAUCCAUGGCCAUUUUAAGAAAUAUGAGGCAGAAUGAUAACUUAGGUUUCUGCAGGUCUAUAUUCUCUAUUGAAAGUUUACAUUACUGAAAGUAAGGUUUAUAGUACUUCGAUCUAUAUGUGUUACGUGCAAUUUAUUUACAGUAUCGUAUAGGGUAGGGUGGGAGAAGACUGGACACCUUCAGCACAUGUUUUUUCCAAAUACCUUGAUCAUGUUUCAAACAAUAUCAACGGACCAUUAGAGUCGUGAGGAUAGGGUUAUAUAAUUCUUUGAAUAUUCUUUGUUCAAAACUAAAGGAGUUGAGAAAUUAGAACAAGUGUCCCAUCUUCCCCCACCCUACCAUACAUUAUAAUCAAAAUUGGCACGGGUUCAAAGCUCGUUGCUGCUACCAUUGUGUGUGUGUUGUUGGGCAAAGACAAUAAACGACAAUUGGUCCAACCCAGUAGUCACUUAUGGGUUGUUUAAGUUAUAGCAAUCAACCACAAAGUUACAUCAGUAGUAACUCGUAAUUAUGCACGAGGUGUAUGAAACCGAACAACAGUAUCAAGUAAGUUACAUUUUAACUUAGAUAAUGCUGCGUAUAAAUAAAAAGUGAAUCUAUCAGUUCGUCGCGAAAUUUCUUGUCUACAUUUGUAUUCCUGUAUCAGACAUUCUGUCAUAUUCAUUUAGUGCACACCGUCCAACAGAACUUCUAUAUUCUUAACGGUCCUUUGUUGCAAUAGUAAAACGAAUGUAGAGGUUCGUUUCGGCUGGCAAAGGGUGCGCUGAGCAGAAAUAUUGCUGUUCGUUUGC